GUCCCUCAUAACAAGGCAGAAGAAGAAGGAUUCAGACUGAUAGUCAUUGGAGUAACUCUUUUUCCUUUUUCACCCUUUUAACUUGUGCAGUUAAUUUAAUUAUAUUAGCAGAUUUACACACAGAGACAUGUACCGCUGCACGUUAAGGCUGGCAGAGCAGCAUUGGAAAUGUUCUGUCCGGUGUAUGAGCGCUGUAGCAAAGAGAAGGACAUCUCUGCCAAGUGCCUUCCCAGUGCUGGAGCUGCCCCUGCAGCCCUUCCACCAACAUGUGUAUGAGGCUAACCUUCGAAACAGCAACACCUGCAAUAAGAAGUUCAUAGAGUUGAGUGAGAAGGUGAGGAAAGGUGGAGGCCAGAACAGCAUUGAAAGGCAUACAAAGAGAAACAGGAAGUUGCUGGUCAGGGAUCGUCUACGCCUCCUGCUAGAUGAUGAAGAUUUUCUGGAGCUGUCGCCCUUUGCGGGUCUCAAUCUGCCAUAUGGAGACAUUCCUUCAGCUGGCUGCCUGACAGGUAUCGGCAGAAUCUGUGGUCUGUGGUGUGUGUUCAUUGCCAACGACGCCACGGUCAAAGGCGGCACAGCUUAUCCGAUCACAGUGAAGAAGCAACUAAGAGCUCAAGACGUAGCGACUCAGAACCGCCUGCCUUGUGUUUACCUGGUUGACUCUGGAGGAGCUUUCCUACCUCUGCAGUCUGAGAUCUUUCCGGAUAAGAACCAGGGAGGAAGAACUUUCUAUAAUGAAGCCAUCAUGUCUGCCAUGAAGAUUCCGCAGGUCUCGGUGGUGUGUGGGUCAUGCACAGCGGGUGGAGCCUACAUCCCCACAAUGGCAGAGGAGACAGUGAUGGUGCACCGAAUAGGCACCAUAUUCCUGGGAGGACCACCACUCGUCAAGGCUGCUACAGGAGAGGAGGUGACACCAGAGGACCUGGGAGGAGCCAAACUUCAUGCUGAAGUGAGUGGCUGUGUGGAUCAUUUUGCCUGGGAAGAGAAGGAGGCGUACACAUGCACCAGAAACAUCAUUUCCACCCUCAAUUUCCAGCUGCCUGAGGAAGAGGAGCAGGACGAGGAGAAGACGAGGAAGAGGAAAGCAGAGGAGGAGCCACUGUACAGUUCAGAGGAGCUUCUGGGUCUCGCUCCUCGGAGUUACAACUACACACUGGAUGUUAAGAUGGUUAUCAGUCGACUGACAGACGGGAGCCGCUUCCAGGAGUUCAAAGCUCGUUAUGGAACCACGCUGAUCACUGGGUUUGCAAAGAUUCAUGGGCACCUGGUGGGAAUAGUAGCCAGCAAUGGAGAGCUGUCGUACCAAGCCGCCCUGAAAGGGAGUCAUUUUGUCCAGUUGUGUGACCAGAGAGACGUCCCGCUCCUCUUCCUCCAGAACACAGCGCCCACACCGGCUCUGACGCGCUCCGUGUCCAAGGCAGAGAUGAAUAGUAACCGUCUGAAGGCUCAGGGAUCGAUGCUGUCCACUGUAGCGUGCGCAUCCGUGCCCAAAAUCACUGUGGUGAUCGGUGGUUGCCACGGUGCCGACAGCUACGCCAUGUGUGGACGGGCCUUUGAACCAAAUUUCCUUUUCCUGUGGCCCAAUGCCAGAGUGUCAAUGGUGGCUCCGGGUCAUGCUGGCUCUCUGCUCCCCUCGGACGCUGAGCAGCAGCAGCAGCAGCAGCAGCAGCAGCAGCAGCAGCAGGAAGACGACAUGAAUAAGAGAUUAGAAGAAGAGAGUUCAGCUUUCUUCUCCUCUGCCAGGCUCUGGGACGAUGGAGUUAUUCUGCCUCAGGACACCAGGAAGGUUCUCAGAGACUGUCUGGACAUCAUUAAACAGCAGCAGUAUCAGAUUUCCACAGAAAAGGGGCAGUCAGCACUUCUUCGUGUGUAGGAGCUUCCGCUUCCCCCUGACACUCCCUGUGGACAAGACAGAGUCUCUAUGUCACUUGUGAUGCACAUUCUCCACCUUCAACAAUCAAAAGUUGUGAAGAGUACCAAUAGUCUCAGUUUUUGCCACCUUUCUGUGGGGGGUGUCCAGCACUUAAAGGGUGGAGCUAAACAGGAAUGAAAUGGGGAAAAACACAAAAUGAACCAUUUUCAAACACACUGGGCAAUACAAGGUAAUUUGUGAUUCUUUUUUAAUGACAAAUGUAAUCAUGGUGGGCUAUACACUGUGUCAUACUGUGAAGAAAUUGUUGUUUUUUUUGUUUUUUUUUAUAUCCAUAAUAACAAAGUUAUAGUGGUUGGACAGAAAAACCACGAUAAGAUGGAAAUAUCCACAGCUGAAUCUUAUCAUCAGUUCUUUAAUGUCAUAUUUGAGAAGGUGACUGAUGGAUGUAAUCAAAAUUGUGUUCAUAAAACAACGCGGAUGGCCAAAGUGAGAAAAAGACAGAAAACAAAAGCAAAAAAACUACAUAAAACAGUGGAGGAAUGACAUUUACUCACAGAUUUGAUGGUUUUUGUUUUCUUUCAAGUUUUAACCACAAUAAUCUCAUUGUGCGUUCCAUUUGUGGGCAGAAUUUCCGAUUUGAGGGGACAAUUCUUGAGCAGGAACGCUCCUCAUUUCGGAUUUCAGUUUGGAAAUUCGGAGCAACUUCGCGCUUGAGAAGUCAAACGUGAGGGUGAAGCCACUCCCAGUUCCGACCUCUGACUUCCGCCGUACUAUAAAUGGAACGCACCACAAACUUGAAGCAGUUAACACGAGGUCAUGAAUGUGUCUAAACUUGACAAACUAAAGACUGUCUCCAUUCAUGCAGAGUUGUUUUGUGGUUCAAGGAACAUAAAAAAAACUCACCAUGUCCACACUUACAGUCUCAGAACAGAUUGUCUUUUCAUGCGUUGUUCAGAAAUAUAAUUGAAGGAAGUUGAGACGUGUGUGUGUGUGCCUUUGUACUGUACGUAGGUCAGACUUCCAGCGACAGUCGAACAGAAAUCUACACCCUCACUGCAUGUGUACAGUUUAACGUCAAAUACCAAGUGCUCUUAAUGAAAGUUGAAUAUAUUGUCAAGGUAAUAUUAAUUAUUAAUUAAUACAACAGCUCUUGUUUGAUUGGCUGUUUUGAAAAAAGAUUGUGCUGUGUAAUUAAUUACGCGUGAAUAUGAAUCCCUGUAUUGAAGUUUUUUUUCAUUUGUAUAAAAGACACAAAUGUAAAUACAUUUUUAAAACUGCAAAA